AUUUCCGAUCGCUUAGCGAGGGAUUUCAGAGGAAAUGGAUAGAUCAAGCCAUGAUAGCAGGAGAAGAGGAUCCAGGGGGAAAAAACAGGACCCUGAUGUGCGUCUAUCAAAGCUCUUGUCAUAUGCUUUGCGUCACGGAGCUGUCAGUCUAGGGCUUCCCAUGGGCCAAGAUGGCUUUGUCCCCCUUUCCUCAAUGCUUACCCUUCCCCAGUUUCGCUGCUAUUCCCAGGAAGACAUUGAACGAGUGGUUAGAUGUAACGACAAGCAACGGUUUACCCUACGACACUCAGGGUCUGCAGGAGCCCUAGAGAUCAGAGCCAACCAGGGGCACUCCUUAAAGGUGGAGGUUGAUCUAACUCCAGUGGGGGAGGAGCUUCCUUACCAGGCUAUCCAUUGCACUUACCUCCGCCAUUGGCCUUCGAUACGCCAUAGUGGUCUGUCUCGUAUGAACCGGAUACACAUCCAUCUCUCCACUGAACUACCUGAGGAAGAUCAUGGUGUUAUCAGUGGGAUCCGUAAUGAUUGUGAAGUUGCUAUAUUUAUAGAUCUAACCAAAGCUAUAGCAGAUGGAAUCCCCUUCUUCUGGUCAGCUAAUCGUGUUCUACUCACACCAGGGAAUGCAGAUGGUCUUCUUCUUCCAAAAUAUUUCCUGCAAGUCCUGCAGCUUAGACCUCAAAGACAACUCAUUCCGAUCAAAUGAUACAAGCAAAAAUCUUCAAAAAAUCAGUCAACAUAAUGAAUGCAGUGAAUCAAGUGUAAUUUAAUGUUUAGCAUAAAACAUAUAUAUUAGUGUGUAUAUAUAUAUAUAUAUAUAUAUAUGUAUAUAUAUAUAUAUAUACACAGACACCUAAUGCAUUUUAAGAUAUGCAUGUGUAUCUAUUUAUGUGAAACAUAAUACAGAAUAAUAAAGGCCACUGUUGCAUCAUUUUUAA